AGAAGGAUCCACAGCUUCUCAGUAAACGUAACUCUGGACGCAGAAACGGCGCAUCCGCACUUAGAGGUGUCUGCAGACGGUAAAAAGGUGCGCGACAGCGGAGCGAGUCACGACAUCCCGGGCGGCCCGCAAAAGUUCGACCUGGUCGGAGGAGUCCUGGGAAAUCCUUGCAUCACUUCGGGAAGAGCUUUCUGGGUGGUGGAGGUGGGGAAUAAGGUGGGCUGGGAGCUGGGGGUGAUGAGGGACGGAGCGAACCGGAAGGGCAAAGUGUCCUACAAACCCAGCGAGGGUUACUGGGCCAUCAUGCUCUGCGCUCAAAACAUGUACGGAGCUUUUACAGACCCUCCAGUCCAGCUCCAUCUGGAGACCAAACCUCAGAAGCUGGGAGUGUUUGUGGACUGUGAGGAGGCUCUGGUGUCCUUCUAUGAUAUGGAGGCUCUGUCACAUAUUUACUCAUUCACUCGGUGCAGCUUUAACGGAGCCAUCCGUCCGUACUUCAAUCCUCAUCCCAACAAAGACGGAACCAACUCAAGCCCGUUGGUCAUUUGUCCUGUCAAUCAAACCGACAUCUCUGUGUCAAAGUAAGGGCUGAUUUUAUGAGUCUGAAACUAUGAGGUGUGAGUAUAUUAGUAUUCAGUGAGAUUGACAUGAUUCCCUUUUGUUUGUGUCUUUGUUUUCUUCUUUAGUGUGAUAUUCUCUGUUGUACUGUGAGUGGAUUAAAAAGCAAACACAUUUUGAGGUGAAAAUGAUGCAUUGUACAUAUAGAGAUAUUUGUAUAGCAUUUAGAAUUUGUAUAUAUUUUAAAGAAUAUUUUAAUGAACAGGGUGCUGUCCUUCUAACUGUAAUUUCUCUAAAUUUCUACUAAAAGUAAUUUUUAAAUGGUCUUUUUUUAUUCUUUAUAAUAUGAUGUUUCUAUUUUAUU